ACGGGCGAGCAUCGAAGCAUAUACGUACAUAUCCAUCUCCACAUACUCUUUCAAGCAGACCAGCUAAGACAAGAGUAGUUAUCUUGCUAUUUGGGCGAAUGGGAGCUGUCAACGGUGUGUGCUACGGUGUUCUCGGCGACAACCUCCCGUCGCGGGGCGAUGUCGUGCAGCUGCUCAAGUCCGAAGGCAUCGGCGCGAUGCGCAUCUACUACCCGGACAAGGAGGCCCUCGACGCGCUCCGCGGCAGCGGCAUCGCCGUCACCAUCGACGUCGGCGACAGUGGCGCCGUGUUCAACCUCGCCAACAACCCCGCCGCCGCCGCCGACUGGGUCCGGGACAACGUCGUGGCCUACUGGCCGGGCGUCAUCGUCCGUUACGUCGUCAUCGGCAACGAGCUCCCCGCCGGCCACAUGGGCCUCGUCCUCCCGGCCAUGAAGAACGUCCACAAGGCCCUCAUGUCCGCCGGUCUCUCGAACAGCAUCAAGGUGUCGACGGCGGUCAAGAUGGACGUGGUCUCCAACACGUUCCCCCCGUCGAACGGCGUGUUCCGCCCCGACCUGCUGCAGUUCAUGGCGCCCGUCGCGCGGUUCCUCGCCAACACCGUGUCGCCGCUGCUCGUCAACGUGUACCCCUACCUCUCCUACAGGGACAACCCGCGCGACAUCAGCCUCAGCUACGCCACGUUCCAGCCGGGCGCCACGGUGAGGGACGACGGCAACGGCCUCACCUACACCAACCUCUUCAGCGCCAUGGUGGACUCCGUGUACGCCGCGCUGGAGAAGGCCGGCGCGCCCAACGUCCGCAUCGUGGUGUCGGAGAGCGGGUGGCCGUCGGCGGGAGGGUUCGAGGCGACCGUGGAGAACGCGAGGAACCACAACCAGGGCGUGAUCGACAACGUCAUGAACGGGACGCCGAAGCGGCCCGGGCCGCUGGAGUCGUACGUGUUCGCCAUGUUUAACGAGAACCAAAAGACCGGGCAUGAUGAGACCGUGAGACACUUUGGGCUGUUCAACUCUGACAAGACGCCAGCCUACGCGAUUACACAUUAUCCUCGUCCACCUGUGCAAUCAUCCAUCGGCGUGUGCUACGGCAUGCUGGGCAACGACCUCCCGUCACGAAGCGAGGUGGUGCAGAUGUACAUAUCCAAGGGCAUCAGCGGGAUGCGCAUCUACAACCCCGACAGGGAGGCGCUGGACGCCCUGCGCAACUCCGGCAUCGGCCUCAUCCUCGACGCCGGCGGCUUCGACGCGGUGUCCUACCUCGCCGCCAGCCCCUCCAACGCGGCCGCAUGGGUCCGUGACAACGUCAGGCCCUACUACCCGGCCGUCAGCAUCAAGUACAUCGCCGUCGGCAACGAGGUGGUAGGCGGCACCACGGAGAGCAUCCUCCCGGCCAUGCGGAACGUCAACGACGCCCUGGCCGCGGCCGGCCUGGGCGGCAUCAAGGUGUCCACCGCGGUGAAGUCCGACGUGAUCGCCAACUCCUACCCUCCCUCUGCCGGCGUGUUCGCGUAUCCCUACAUGAAGGGUGUGGCUCAGUUCUUGGCGAGCACCGGCGCGCCGCUGCUGGCCAACGUGUACCCCUACUUCGCCUACACCGGCAACCCGCGCGAGAUCAGCCUCAACUACGCCACCUUCCGGCCGGGCACGACGGUGAGAGACGACGGCAGCGGGCUCACCUACACCAACCUCUUCGACGCCAUGGUGGACUGCAUCUACGCCGCGCUGGAGAAGGCCGGCGCCGGGAACGUGAGGGUGGUGGUGUCGGAGAGCGGGUGGCCGUCGGCGGAAGGGGUCGGGGCGAGCAUGGACAACGCGAGGGCGUACAACCAGGGGCUGAUCGACCACGUCGGGCGUGGCACGCCCAAGAGGCCAGGGCAGAUGGAGGCCUACAUAUUCGCCAUGUUCAACGAGAACCAGAAGACGGGGGCCUCCACCGAGAGGCACUUCGGCCUCUUCUACCCUAACAAGUCGCCGGUCUAUCAGAUUGCCUUUCCAAAUUAGCAGCAGCCGAUAUAAACGUACAUGGAGCUGCAACGAGAGUAAUGCUUCAAUAAUACUACGUAUAUGUUUGGUGUGUUUCAACGUUUGUGUGCUUUGAUAAUAAUGCAUGUUAAGUACAUGAAUAAAACUUUUCAAGGUUUCUUAUCGGUUGAC